AUGGGGAAGAAACAACAUGAAGAAAAUUUCAGGUAACAAUUUGAAAGCUUUAAAACAUCUGAAUUUUAAUUUUUAAGCUAUUUUUACAAACAGUCCUACUUUUUUGUUAUGUCAUUAUCAUUAUUAUCUACAUAUUUAUAUACUCUCAAGUAUGUAACCUCUCACUUCAUUUCCAUCUUCAUUGUGCUGCAUCUAAGCUCAUGUUAAGAUCACACAGUGUCAACAAAUCCACCUUGUAAAUUGUGAUGGAAACAAAUAAGUAUUUUUUGGUGGUGCUUACAGGCUAGCAGAAUCUAUAACUAUAUUUUCCGUUUAGGGAAAAACAAUUUUUUCUCCUCUGUGUGAGUAUAUGGAGCAUUGCUAUGGCAGAGAGGGACAUUUUAAAAAAAAGGGUUUUAUUGUGUGGAAAAGUAAACAGUAACCCAUUAGCUGCUUGAAGUGUCUGUGCUAUAAGCUAUUUAGAAACUCCUACAUCACUCAGUAGAUGUGAUGUAAGGAGUGGAUUUAACCUGGGAACUGGGAGUUACUAAUAAUAUUACAUUACAAUAACAAGAACAAGGACACUGAGUCACUGGCUAAUGAACCGCACAGAUAAGAAGUGAGAGGGACAGGUCGGAGUUAUUUAUCCCACCCAGCAGCCUUGACAAGGAGACAAGAACCACAGUGUAUAAAAUUUCACAUUUAUACAUUGACACUUAUUUGUAUUUGUGCCUAUUUGGAGAGAUUACAAAUACUGAGUGGUGAGAAAUGUGGUUGGUAAUAUCUCUGACACCCUCAUAACAUUCAGAUCAGAGAGAAUCACCAAGCUUUUUUUAAGGCUUUGCACUGAGGCUGCUACUGUUUCAGUUAGGGAUUCAUGAUAUUAUCAGCAUGAUAUAUUUAUCUGAAGAUAUAAAAACUCAAUUAUCAGUCAAAGAGGUCAUGCAUUUUUUGCACAUACGAUGACAGCUUUCAUGAGUCGAACGUAGGGAAGCUUGCUGAAGUUGGAAACAGACCACAGCCUCAUUACUUUAUGUUUGAAACAGAAUAACAUGUUCAUCAUGUUGUUUGUUUGGUUUCAUGUCUGGACCUGAAAAAAAUGGACUAUCACAAUUAGCAGGUAAGUUCUGCUAUACAAUGAAAAUACAGUACAUGUAUACCAGUGUUAAUAUCAGUACUAGCUGAAAUAAGUUUGAAAAUCAAGGCAUAUCGAAUGCCAUCAAAAAUCCAAUAAUAUGUAUCUGUAGAUUCAGUUUAACAGGAAAGUGUUUAUCUGUUACAUUUCAGAGUAUAUCUUCUUGGAGACAAUAUGUUAAUGCACAUUGACCAUCUCUAAAUACACUGCAAAAACUCAACUCCGCUUUACAUUUACAAAAAAAAAAAAAAGGAGAAUUGAACCUUACAGAGCUCUCAUUCACCUGAGUCCUGCUUUCUUCUCAUUUAGUUUAAUAUUUGCACAUUAUAAGUAAAUUCUUGACUGUAGGUGGUUUUAUUUUCCCAGUGUGGUUUUCAUAUCGGGUCGUCACCACACCCACUCACAUGCUUUCAGAUUUUUGAAAUGGCCUUUUUUUGUAUUUUGUGUCCAAGUAAAAAAAAGAACAAAUAGAAAAAUAUAAAAGAUAAAAGUUAUAUGUAGAAAUUAAGAACCAAAAAGAUAUGUAAAUAACCAACCAAACAAAAUAAAAAAAACAAGCAAAUGAAAUAAUAAUUACAUGAAUAAUAAAUUGAAAAAUAUACAAAAAAGGAAAAAUAUUGAAAAAUACCCCCCCAAUAAUACACAACCCCUCAAAUAACUAAAAAAAACAAACAUACAAAAACAAAAUAAUCAGAACAACAUAUGAGAUGAUAAUCAACCUAACAAAAAACAAACACCUACAGUAAAUAAAUUGCAAUAAAAAAUAAUGAAACAAUGAAAAACAUGACCAACCUUAGUUACAAACUAACUGAUCAAGAAACAAAUACUCUGACAAAUAAAUAAUCACAAACAAAACAAAACAAACAAAUGAAUAACUUAAUAACAAACUUCAGAAAUGGUUUGGUAAGGAAACUAACUUUUAGUUCAAUCAAUUUGACAAGCCAAUUUUUCACAGCCCCCUUGUUUUUAUUCAUUCAAAGCAUUUUUUUUUUGCCUCUAAUAUCUUCAGAUAAGAUAUUUACUGCAAGUUUCAGAUGGAUGUUACUUGAAUAAAAUCUAAUGAGCCCUUUUUAUUGGGAAGAAGAUAAAUUAAGAAAAAACAACAACACCUGCUUUGUUUUGAUUUUGUAGUGUGAGCCAGAUACAUGGAUAUUUGCUCGAUCUCAAUUUAACACUGUAACACAGACUCAGACAGUGUUGUAGUAUAACACAUUAUCAUCGGCAUAGAUACUCACUUUACUUUCAGCAGAGACACUCAUGUAUUAAAAGUGAACAGGGAGAGGCCCAGAAAAGAUCCCUGUGACAUUUUACCUCAUAUAAAAAAAAUGGUUGACAGAAUUGAAUAUACAUUUAUUGUGCGUAAUUAUCUCUCUGAAUCGUGUUAGAAAGCAUGACCAAUGUUACACAUUAAUGUAUGCUUUAUGGAUUUGUACGGAGUGACCUGAUGGAAAGAGAUUCCCACCAUUCCAGUUUCUCCCUGAUGUUAUCUCAGUGAUGAUAGCUGACUAUUAAGUCUAAAACAGUAUGUGCCUUAAUCCUUAUUUGAAAGCUUUUGAAUAGAUUUCUCUCAGAAUCAGAGUAUAAGCAUCUUCUCUGCAUCUCAGUUAACAUUAUUUUUGGUAGUGCUAUGGUUACUGAACUGUUUAACCAGCACAUUGGACACGUUUAACAGUAGUUUUUUUUUUAUUUUUUAUCCCACCCCACCUUCAGAGAGGACAAAGAUGAAAGAUUAUCACAUAAAGUCAAACCCUGUUUUAUAACACCUCUCUUCAGAGAUAUGUAAUCCACUGCUAGUGUAAAAUUCACUCGCUCAGAUGAUGCCUCAGGGUUUCAUAGGCUGAACCGCACUGACCAUCACAGAGCUGUAAGUUCAAAUAACUGAUUGAUUGAUUGAUACUCAAUAAUGUGACUGACAGUUAUGUCUUAUUUACAUGAUAAUUCAAAUGGUUUUAAUACAGGUAGAAAAUUGAUAUGGUUAGGUACAACACAAAGGCUGGUAAAUCUGUAUGUAUGCGUUUCAAUAUUCAUCUCUUAGUUUCAUGAUGAUAUAGAAAGUUGCAUCACUUAAUCGCUUUUUUAAGGGCUAAUGAAAAUCUGCUAUUUGUUUGAGUAAGUGUGCUUUCCAUGUGUAACUUUUUACACAAACAACACUAAACAGAAACACUGAUCUUGAAAACAGUAAAUGUCAACUUAGCGUGUUCAUUGCUGGGGCACAUUGACUUUUGAAACGCAGUAAUCUUGAAGACUUUGGGCUCAAGAUAAGAUCUGCCAUAGAGUGAUAAACUCUGCUGUUGCUGUAAUGACAAUAACAGGGAGGGUUAUAGAGUUCAACUGCAGUGAAAACUGUAACUACUGUAAUAACAAUUGAUUCAAUUCAUCAAUUACUUUUACAACAAAUUCUGGUGAUAAAACUUUUCACUUUCAUUAGAAGACAGUAAUCAGAUGAUAGCAGCUCUUUAAUAUAAAUAAAAUUUGAUUGAUCGAUUGAUUGAUAAUAAAGGCUAAAGCUGUGGUCAACGAGCGAAAGUUUAAUUUAAGUGUAAGAACACUUAUAUUGAAGGCAUUCCAGCUCAGUGUGUACAUCUAUAGUUACAAUUUAACAGAUUUAAAGCUCCUAUGAGGACCUUUCAGUUUGUGCUAAGUUUAGCGCCCCCUGUGGAAAAAGCUUUCUUUGUUAAUCUUCUGUAUGAGUUGUGACCUUUGACAAAGAAGUCUAAUGAAAUGGGGAAGAGGUGCAUACAACACUGGCAAUGGAGUGUUUACUGGCACUAACGCUGUAAACAGAAGCAGAUCAGAAGGAGGUCAGGCACUGAAAGAACAGCAAUUUACCUGAAACAUCAAAAGAUAUGACAUGCCAACAACUCAGUCAGGUUAUAUGAAGGCCCAGGCUCCUUAAAACGAUAUAUCUAAAAUGAUUGUCCCCUCUUUAUAAUCAAAAGGUCACACAAAAGUACACGGUGCACUUUUCUUUAUCUGAAAAUAAAGAGUGUUUUUGCAGAUAACUCAAUAAAGUCCCAUAUUUCUCAUUUUUCCCUCAGCAGGAAAUUUACAUUUAAUCCUAAAGAAGGCAUAGACAACCCAGCGAUGGUCAUCACAGAGGAAGCAGGUAACUUUUAUACAGUUCCUGUCCAGUAGAUUGGACCAUCAAUGAAAGUGUCCACUAAAAGGUUUGACGUCAAUUUUCUGUCUCCUCCCACUCAGAGUCUGAGUCGACCCCCAGCCUACGUUUAUGUGUCCUUAAACGGGAGGAAGGGGAAACAUACAGCUUCUAUCUGCGGCUGGAGAAUGGACGCGAGGGUCACAUCUUCAGAAAUGUGGUGUCAGGAGGGGUGGCAGACCGCAGUGGCAUCAGAGAUGGAGACAGACUUCUGGAAAUCAACAACUGUUUCGUAGACGAUGUUCCCCAUCCUGAGGUAAGACUGACCCCUAAACUAACUGAUCUGACAGACUCUUCUCCAAUAAACUCUGAUUGGACCUGCUAUAUCAACUUUUCUAAAUCAGGUGGCUGCUAUGAUAAGAAUGGUCGGAAACCAGUUAUGUCUGUUAGUAAUGGACGGGAAGGAGUAUGAACAGGCUUUGUCACAAGGACAAGACCUUAGAAAUUUGAUCAGGACACACAGAGGUGAAGGUCUCAAACCCCCCAGACUCUGCCACAUCAAGAAAGAUCCGGUCUCAGGCCUGGGCAUCAGCUUUACACCUGUGGAAGGUAACUCCGUCUGAUAAGCACAGUAUGCACAAGGUUCAACACUAGACACAAACAGAGGGGUGUUUUGGUGAAAUGUGUGCAUACUUAUCAGACCCUCCUCUUCUUUCUGCUCUGAAGGAGGGAAAGGUCGCUUCUCAGUGAGCCUGGUCCCAGGAGGUGCGGCGUCGAAGGCGGGAGUGUGUAAGGGAGAUCGCCUGGUGUGGAUGAAUGGAGCAGCAGUGUCUGAUCUCUCACACUCUGCGCUAAGCAGGAUGGUAUGAUAAAUACCAAUACCACCAAACAAAGCAUGUCAAACUGAGAUGAGCAACAAAAUAGUGUUACUUUUGAAAAUUGUGGUUAGUUUUCAUGUUAUUUUAGUCUUUGUGUCUUGUGUCGUUGCCAAGAUGAAGUCAGAGGAAUUCAGUUUUCAUUUCAGUCAGUGUUCAACUAUAUUAAUGUUUGCUGAAUGACUCUGGGUCUGUAUGUGGGACUUGGGAAGUCAUAAAUCAUAUUUUAGAAACAUAAGGUAGAUAUUUUCUGUGAGGUAGCUUGGCUCCAUUAGAAUUGACUAUUGAUCGGUGUAGAACAGCAUGCUAAUUGCUAACAGUCGUUAUGCCAAGUUGGGAUGCCUUGUUAAAAUGUGACCUUGAAGCGAGUCAACAGAAAGCUUUAAGUUUUGUGAACAUGAAGUGACGGACACUAUAUGGUGAACAGACAGUUAUGGACAUAAAACAAAAAACUGAAUGGAACUACUUGAAUCAGGGUCUAGUCUCACCCAAAUUAUUAACAUUGUUACACUAAAUUUGUUUUAAGGAAAAUAGAUUUUAUAUAUUUAAAAAUGGCAAAUGUACAGAAAAAUACAAAGGUUGGUGGCGCUACCAUGGUAACAGAUCCUGAUCCUCCUCGCAGCAGAAGUAAACAUCAAAGUGAGCAUUUCAAUUAAUGGUUAAGUUAAAACAUUAGCAUGCUAGUAUAAUAUUCAUUUAACUGAGUGUUUACAGUUAGGGUUGUGAAGGCAAGUUAAACUGGAAGCACAUUGUGUCCAGCUUAUUUGAUAUUUACAUUAUGCUGUACAUUUUCACUCACACUUACAAAGGACAACAUCAACAGGUUUUCAGCACGAAUCAUAUUGUUGGCAUCUGUCCUCAUUUAGCUCUCCUUCUUCUCUACAGUUCUGCAGUUGACACCAUCUUAAAAGCAAACUAAAAUAAUGUUUGAUUGCAGUUGAAGAAGUGUCGCGACUGCAUCACCAUCCUGGUGAUCGACAGCGAGAGUGAGCAGAGCUACAUCAAACAGAGGAUGCCCAUCCUUCCCUCCAUGGCUGUUCCCUACAACCUGCCUUACAGAGCCAGAAAACUCCACCUGCAAUGUGGACCUGAGGGCUAUGGCUUCCUGCUCCGUCUGGAGAAGACGCCAUCAGGACACACGCGUAAGAGAGAAAUAGUUAGAGACGACCAUUUAACUUCAAAUGUUCCCUACUAUGCAACUAAUUUGCAGGUCAGGCUUCGGAUUUAUAGUCUUUACUAUAUCCAGUAGAUGGUGCCAUUUACUCAUUUUAGUCCCCUUAGGUAAACAAGAUAAACGAUUCUAUAACUUAUCCAUGCAGUUAAAGGUCAAUGCACCAGUGUGACUAUGUAACUUGAGUAGUAGGAUGAAAAUCUAAACAUAAAUAAUUUUAAACUGUGAACAAGACUAAGGCAGUAAAAUAGGCCCUAUUUGCUGCGGUCAAAGUGGAAUAAAAAUAUGUUCAUGUACUCAAUUUAUGACACUUUUCUGAUGUGUUCACAUAGGGGGUGGAUGUGCCUAAAGUGCGUUUUUGGUUUGGACAUAAGGGUAAACAUGGCUAGCUGAUUUGUGAGAAAGUUCAUUAUUAAAAAACAUAUCAAAUGCAGCACAAUGAUAAACUGUAAGGAUAAUAAGUGAUCUAAAAUGUGGCUCCUACAACUGGUAUGUAUAACUGUACCCAACUCCACUUGUAUUCAGUUUAUUGUGGAUGGAGCUAUCUACUGAGCUCAUGGUGGCCAUGGGUCCUAAUUUAAAACUUUAUACACACUACAAGUGUUCAGUUACUUUGAAGGAGACCGAAAGAGAUGCAAGAGUCAACACCUUAAACACCUGCGCAUGUUUUUCAAUGACAGAUCAUGUUCUGCGAGAGAUGGACAAGGACAGUCCAGCAGAGAGAGAGGGUAUGAAUGAUGGAGAGAUUCUGCUGGAGGUGAACGGAGAGUUGGUAGAGUCUCUGGAUCACGAUGAGAUUGUGAACAAAGUGAAACUGAGCGGGCAGCAGGUCACCCUCACCACUAUCACUCCUCAGGGGCUGGACUUCUACUCCAAGGUGGAUGUCUCUUAACAAACAUAUUUCCUUUAACACAACACAAAUGAUUGUGCAAAUGAUUAGCAUGGCUUCUUCAAAGUUUAUUACAAAGACUAUUUUACAUUUUCACGAGAGAACCUGAAGAGAAAUCAGGCAGGAGUGUAACACAUUAGUAUUCAUGAUGUCUCCUUUCUUUGGUUUUCACAGCUGGAUCUUUCCCCUCUUCUUUUCUGUGAGGAUGAGUCUGCUGAGAGACAAAAAGAGGACAUGAUUUUAUCCUCUCUCACCGAGGAGUUGCUCAAAAAUGAAAUGGAUGUCACAUGGAAGCCCAGACUCUGCUCUCUUCAAAAAGGCCCUUUGGGGUUUGGCUUUAACUUGGGCUGCAUCCCACACAAACCUGGGACCUUCAUCAGUCAGGUCAGGAGGAAUAAUUUCUCUGUUAACCUUCAUUUAAGUUAAACUAUAAAACAAAAAUGUUCUAUUAAAUAAAGAUAGAAAGUGUUGUUUUCUUCUUCUAGGUGGCUUUUGGGGGCUCAGGGCAGAGUGCAGGGUUAUGUGUAGGGGAUGUGGUAUUGGAAGUCAACGGUCAAAACGUGGAGGAGAAAAAUCUAGAGGAUGUAAUCAUGCUCGUGAAGGAAGGAGGACAUUUUCUUUCCUUGUUGGUCAUGGAUAAAACAGCCGGCAACGAUGUGAGGCAGACUGAUAUGGCACCCAGAGAUAUCUCUGACAGUGAGGUAAACGAAGUACAUCUAACUUUACCGAUCUGUUUACAUUUUUAUAAGCUCAUCAGUUACUAAAAUCUUUACGUUCAUUUCUUGUUCAUAUCUUUACAGGAAGAUGACAAAUAUGAGGUUUCAAUUCUGUGAGUGACAGAUCCUCAUGACAAGUACGGUACCUGUUCACCUUGCUGGACUUCCAAUCCACUCUAAUUAUCCGCUCACUGUUCAUUGUUCCUUAUUUAAUGAAACAGUUUCAGAUGCACCAACUACAGAGUAGUGUUGUGUCUGAUAUAACAGCGUCAGUGUUUUAGUUCAGUAUUAAGAAGAUUAACACGUUAAACAUGACCUCUGUGGUAUAAAAUGUCACACUAUGAUUUUUAAUGAGGUAAAUGACAAAGAGAAAUAUGCAAUAAAUUUCCACAGGCAAUAAUGCUUGAAGAAAUCCAAAGUAAAGACAGUAACUUUCUGUGUUUUUGUCCUCUUAAUACUUCAAUAGUGUCUCCUGAUAAAAGAUUGUAUCCCGCUGCAUUUAAAUACUCAAUCUAAUUAAUCAUUGUGAAUAUUUUACAUGGACAAAAAACCAGGGCUGUUUUUUUCAGCUCUUGAGCUUAUGGCAGUUUCAGGCAUUAAAGUUAAGGUGAUGAUGGGGGCUAAAUGAAACAAGAACACUCCCUUAGCCCUACAAUCAUUUAUUUAAGUGUUGAUUGAAUGGUUUUUCACUGGGAGAAGAGGCAACUGUGUGUCUGUUUACCUAUUGUGCCAGAAAAGAUUGAAUAGUGUAUGACUUUAAUGUGAUAUGUACAGUCUAUGAUGUGAUGGUAAUAAAUUCAUUUUCUCAAGGCCUACUCUCCAACAUUUGUUUGAUGUGUUAUUUUACCUCUUUCUGUAUUUUCCUUCUACAGUGUGUCAAACUUUCAUCCCUAUUAUUAUUAUUAUUAUUAUUAUUAUUAUUAUUAUUAUUAUUAUUAAAUACUACAAUAUAUAUUAAAUCCUCCUUUGACUGAACAUUUAGGCUCCUGCCCACCCGUUAUUUGUGUCAGCAGGCAACGCCUUUGGACUGAAGCCUUUCUCUGUAUGUGUAUUUAGUGUUUAAAUAAUAUAAUGAACCAUUUAAAAUGCCGUUUCUUGGGCUUGUAGAGAAUUGUCUCGCCUAACACUUAAACCCCUGCAAUAGUUCAAGGAACAAAAAAUCUGACAGCCAAAAUGUCCUCGACGAAACAAGGCUAUUUACGCUCCCUAGUGGCCAAAGCUUUUGCAUUAGCAUUAUGACUCUGGCCUAUUUAAAAGCGUUUCACUAUUACGUAACUGAAUCGAAAGGAUAACUCGGAGCAAUUUUGGGGACUCAAUUUAAUACUGAAAUUAUAUAAAAACACAAACCUAAUGGGGCUGUGCCACGAACACCUGGCGUUAUAAAACAUAACGGAGACUGUUUCUGUUCAGGCACCUCAGUGGUCAGCUACAAACGGGGUCCUGGUCUGCAGUGGAGGUGACAUUCAGUCGGGUCCCAGUUAGCGUCUUUGAACGGGUCAACAUGGCACAGGCUGUGCAAAAACUGGUGGCUAAAGUACCCACCCUGGUCGGUGGUAAGUUAUCUUAAAUUUCUGUUUUUAUUCACAAUUAUUUGUAAACCUUUAAAGAAAAGUGAACCAUAAGCUGUAAAAACUUAAAGGAUACAGACGUGCUCUCAGCGAGGCCUCCGCUGUCAUUUGUGCAGACUUGGCCAUCAAUGAAUGAAACCGAUAUAACAUUAGCUUGUUUCAUUUGAUUGAUUAAAGACUGAACAAAAUGUUUUGUUUCUGUGGCUUUUAUGGCUCUUUGUUUGCUAGCAGGCGUGGACUGUUUACAUUCAGCGAGUUCAUUGCAGAUAGCUAAGCGGCUAAUGCUAUGGUCAGUUCUGCAGCUAGCUACAGCACAAACUGUCACAACACAUGCAUGUGAAUGUUUGUUCGUAAUUGUUUUUCUCGUCCUCCAGCCGCUGUCACCUACUCCAAACCCCGAUUAGCCACCUUCUGGUACUACGCCCGUGUCGAGCUGGUCCCCCCGUCCCCUGCAGAGAUCCCCAAGGCUCUCCAGGGGGCCGCGAACCUUCUCAAGGGUCUGCAGUCAGGACGUCUGGGUCAAACCACAGUGAGGGUAUGUGUAUUUUUUAAAGACAGACAGACAGACCUGUUCUAUGUAUUUAUGCAUCUGUUUUUUAGACCGCUUCAGUACGUCUCCAAAAGCCAACAGUAAACAAGCAAUGGGGAUCGUGAUAUUUUUAUUAAUGUCAUUACCAGGAAAACCAACUGUUGUUUUCUUGUUAUGGACUAAAAGUUCAUGUAAUAUAAUUGUCAAUAGGUUUUUAUCAAACUCUUGUUAAUUAGCAGCUACAGUGCCAUUUUUCAUAUCUAUCUGUGCUGAGAGAAAUUAUCUUUAAAAAUUCCCAUCGUUAUAAUGUAUAUGUAGAUCUACUUUGUCACAUUAUCAUAGUAUAAAUAUUCAUUCUGAGGUUUACUGCUACUCACACUAAUGUGUCAUUCAUAUCAAGUGUUGUAGAAAAAGUUCAAUAACUUUCAUCAAUUAUUAAAAAACUGAAAAUUUAAUGUAUUUUAGAUAAAAACAUGUAAACUAAAAUGUGUCUGGUGUUUUUAAUUUACAUUUUGAUAAUUAUUGCCUACAACUCAAAAAACACCAUUCAAUUUUUCAUGUAGAACUACUUAUCCAAUUUUGACUUAAUGCGAAUAAAAUAACUUUCUAUCUCUCUCUUUCUCUCUGUCUUUCUCUCUCUCUCUCUCUCUGUCUCUCUCUCUCUCUCUCUCUCUCUCUAAAUAUAUAUAUAUAUAUAUAUAUAUAUAUAUAUAUAUAUAUAUUUAUAUGAUGCAAUAAUAAUAAAAAAAAAAAACGCUUAUCUGCUUCGUUAACUAACAUGAGGGUAACAAAAUAUUAGGACAUUAUGUGAUGCACUGACAGAUCACUUACUUUAACAAUUAACUCAAUAAAUUAUCACUAAUUAUCCUCUUUAAUCAUCUGUCUUUCUCAUUGAUGAUGGUUACUCUGCAUUUGUAUUUUUCAUCUGUCUCUGGAUUUCCAUCCUACGUUACCUUGAGCUGCUGUGACAAGUGAAUAUCCGCCAAUGACUAAACAAUUUGGUUGAUCUUCUCUUAACAUAAUGAAAUAUAUUCCUCUUUAUCUGCUUCUUUUUAACAUUUAAGUCUAACCAAUAUGGAAUGCUUGUAAAUAUUAUCAUGAAGGGUUACAUGUUUCCUGGUAUGUUGGACCUAUAGUUAUAUCUUAUUCUUUUUUUUUUUCCAUCCUCACAGGAUGCUUGUAGGAAUGGACUGGUGGCCACAGAAGUGUUGAUGUGGUUUUACAUCGGAGAGUGCAUCGGUAAAAGAGGCAUCAUUGGCUAUGAUGUCUAA